AUGAAUUGUAUUAAUAACUAUAAUAAUAAUAAUAAUAAUAAUAAUAAUAAUAAUAAAAUUAUGAUACCAGAUUUAAAAAAUAAUGAUACUGGUAGUAGUGCUGAUGAUGGAAGAAGUGAAGGAGUUGCAGACUAUCAAGUUUAUGGAUUUUAUACAUCUUGUUCAUUUAAAGUUUAUUUUAUGUUUGAAGAAUUAAAUAUACCUUAUCAAACUUGUUUAGUAAAUAUUAGAUCUGGUGAACAUUUUAAAGGUGAGUUUGCAGAAAUGUCACCAAAUAAUAAAAUUCCAAUGUUAAUUGAUAAUACAUAUAGUGUCGACAGUGGUGAUGAUGAUGAACCUUUAAAAAUCUUUGAAUCUGGUGCAAUUUUAUUAUACUUGGCAGAGAAAUAUCAAAAGUUUUUACCACCAUUAUCAAAACCAAAAGAGAGAUGUCAAGUUCAACAAUGGCUAUCAUGGCAAAUCUCGGAAAUGCAACCAGCUUUAACCUCUUAUGUAUAUUAUUUUAUGAUGGCACCAGAACCAGUUGCUUUUGGUAUGGAAAAAGCUGACCAAGAUUUACACAAAAUUUUAAAGGUUUUAGAUAAACGUUUAGAUGAUGGUAGAAAAUAUAUUUGUAAUGAAUUUUCAAUUGCUGAUAUAGCUUGCUUUGGUUUCGGUUCUUAUUUCAAUUUAAAUGUUUUCAAAGGUUGGAAUAAAUAUGAAAAUGUUGUACGUUGGGUAAAUACAAUGUCUUCAAGACCUUCUAUCUCUAAAUUAUUACCAAUUGUUGAACAAACUUUAAGAGUUAGAAAAUUAAAAAGAUUAGAUAAUCAAGAAUUAGUACUUUAA